CUUCUGGCCCCACUUGCACCAGAAGACGUCGGCCGGAAAUGCCUGGUGCUAGAUCUGGAUGAGACUCUAGUUCACAGUUCCUUCAAGGCUGUGGCGCAGGCGGAUUUCGUUAUUCCUGUAGAGAUUGAUGGCCAAUACCAUAGUGUAUACGUGCUGAAGCGACCUGGAGUCGAUGCAUUCAUGAAAAGGCUAGGAACUCAAUUUGAGGUGGUAGUUUUCACCGCAAGUUUAUCAAAGUAUGCUGACCCCGUUCUCGACAUGUUGGACAAGCACAAAGUUGUGAAACACCGGUUAUUCCGUGAAGCUUGCAUACAUCACAGGGGAAAUUACGUCAAGGAUUUGAGCAUGCUUGGCCGUGAUCUAAAGGAUGUCAUUAUCCUCGACAAUUCCCCAGCCUCGUACAUUUUCCACCCCACCAACGCUGUUCCCGUCUCCAGUUGGUUCAACGACCCCAACGAUUCGGAACUUCUCGAACUUAUCCCGUUCCUCGAAGAUCUCAAACAGAUCGACGAUGUGACUGUUGUACUGGACGCAGCAAUGGAGGAGAAACUCGCUGCUGACGAGCGGCCGGCACCAGACUCCGCCGAUGCAGCAGGGGAAGCCAGGCGGUUGUCGGUAUCGAAAACUGUCGGCAGCCCGCCGAUGCAGAAGGAUGCCGCCUGA